UUAACAAUAGAGGAGGGAGGGGGUUUAAUAAAGGAGAGAGAGAGAGAGAGUGAGAGAGGGUGUGUAAUGGAAGUGACUGUAGCAGAACUAAUGUAAGGGAAAUCUGUCCGUAUGGGGGGAGGAACGGUUCGGGGUAGGGUGUCACGCAUACCAGUAAGGGGGCGGAGUCUGCAGACUGCAGCAUCGGGGCUUCUGAUUGGUGGACGGCAGAUGCCACAUGCUGACCCGCACAUAAAGUGCUCUUGCCAAACUUGGACACACACACAUGCACACGCACAGAGCCACAUUGCCACGCACAAACACACACACACACAAAAACACAUGGCCUCCCCCACACACACACACACAUGUACACAUGUACACAUGGCCACACAAACACACACAUGGCCACGCACGCACACACACACACACACUGCAAAACACACACACACACGGACGCAAACACACAUGGCCACCCACGCGCACACACGGCGGGCGGUUGAGUGGCAGGGCCAUGUGAGUCCCCUCCCAGGGUCUAUUCUGGGGCAGGGGAGGGGGCUCUUCGGCCGGGGGGAGAGCCGGCAUUCAUUUUCUCUCUCUGCUGCGUACGGCCGAGAGGAGCCGACCCACGCUGCCUCAGGACGUCCCGUAGACAGAGCGGCGUGGUCGCCUAGCGUUACCGUCGGUGUCGAGCGCGGUGCCGGUUCCGGUCGCACCCCCCCCCCCCACACCCCAUCCCACCCCUGACAGGACCAACACCACCACCACCACAACAAGGACCACCCCAGACAGGACCCCCACCAGAGCAGCAUGGGCUGCUGCUUCAGCAAGGAGCUGCUGCCGGGACCCCGGAGCGGCGAGCGCACCGGGCUGCUGUCGGCCCCGCGGCCCGACAGCCUGACCCCCGUGACGGAGCGCGACCGGGCCCCCUGCUCGGCCCUGGCCCAGCACGUGUGCCUGGCCUCGGAGUGGAGCCACGCCGGGGAGAAGAGGCCCCCGGGGGGAGGGAAGGGAGAGACGGGCCCCAAGGAGCAGGAGAAGGAGAAGGGCCCCCCGCUGAGAGGGACACUCGGGAAGGGCGGCCGGGGUGGUGUCGGCGGCCCCGCCGUGCUGGAGGUACUCACCGCGGGGGGGCAGGAGCAGGGCCGGCAGCGGGCCCCCGCGCACGCCGACGAGGUCGGCGCCGGCCCCCACGUCGGGCCCCCGGGCCAGGCCCCGCCCCCCCUCAAGCAGAAGGUCAAGGACAACGCGGCCGUGAGGGCGUCCUGGUUCAGGCGACUCCCCGAGGGCCCCGGAGGGCAGCGGGGGCCCGGGGGCUGGGGCCCGGCCGGGACGGCGGCGACCCCCGUCGGCGGCGGAGGGGCGGACCCCGUGGUGGCGGCGGCCACUCCGCUGCCGCCGCUGGUCAGCGCCUGGCGGGAGAAGCGGCCCGCCCCCGAGGAGGAAGAGGAGGAGGAGGAGGAGGAGGAGUGCAUCGUCACGGCGACGCUGGGCCAGGGCUUCGUGGCGCGGACGCAGAGCUUCUACAGCAUCUGCUCCAUCAGCGCCGAGGACCUGGGCCACGAGGCCGAGGGCCCGCGGGGCCCCGGGCCCCGGGCAGCUGACGAGAGCACAGCCGCCCCGCCCGACAUAGCGCCCGCCGCGGCCGCGUCCACGAGGAGAUAA